GGUAUGACAACGUUAUCUAGCAAGUUGGCAAGUAUUACGCUACUAAUAAAUCAUUUUGAAAUGCAUCUAAAUACGCAAGGCAAAGUAAUAAAUCCAGAAUUAGCUCUUCAAAAUUUCAGAUAUGCUGGAGAAAUUCUUUGCGAUAUUUGGAAUC